AUGAUGUUGACCUUAUUAAUUUCCAGUCCUAAACAGCAUGGAAAUGAUAUAGACGUCUACUUAGAGCCUUUGAUUGAUGAUUUAAAAUCUCUGUGGGAUGGGAUUAGAGGAGUGUAUGAUGCACAUAUAGGAGAAUACUUUACACUAAGAGGUGUAUUACUGUGGACAGUUAAUGAUUUUCCUACCUAUGGGAACUUAUAUGGUUGUGUCGUUAAAGAAUAUAAAGCUUGUCCAAUAUGCGGCGAUGAUACACUUAGUCACAGGUUGAAAAAUGGCCACAAAAUUUGUUACAUUGGGCAUAGAAAAUGGUUACCAAUCAAUCAUCCAUAUCGGAGACAGCGUGCAGCUUUUAAUGGGAAACCUGAAUAUGGCAUGCCUCUCGAGCCAUUAAACGGAGAAAAAGUGCUGCACAUGGUUGAAGAUAUUAAUUACAUAUAG